CUGUUCUAAUUCAGCCUCUUCUUCUUGAACAUCGAAUCUGCCUUAUACUGAACCAGACCAUUGGUCUAUCUAGCCGAAUAUUGUCUACACUGAUUGGCAGCAGCUCUUCAGGGUUGCAGGCAGAAGUCCUCCUCGGUCCUCUCUGGACCACAUUAGCCACACGAAAAGAGGAAUAGGAUAAUGACUUUUUCCUGUGUCUUUAGUACCCUGAUGUGGAGACAUAACGUGCGUUCCCAUCUAUUUAUCUUCAGCCACGAAAAGUUACAUUUCUGUGGGUCAGGAUGGCAACAUCAGAAGGAUGAUGCGUAUACAGUACUCCAAUACAGGUUGUAACUUUUUACUUGGCUUGGAGUAAGAGGUUGUAUGUGCAGGAGUUUCUGACCACACAUGGAGAAGGAGAAGAAAGCCCGCGUUGAUGCAUUUCAGGAGUUUCCUGGCUUGCGGCUGCAGGCACAAGCUAGUCAGGCCAUCGCAGGGUGGAACGGAGCAAACCCCAACGCAAGUGGCAAUUCCAAAGGGGGGUUAAUUCUUCAGCCCCAACAAGUGUUAGAUUCCUAUGUACUCCUCCCAAUCCAAAACAACGCUUUUCUGGUCUGCACCCAUGUGUCAAACCCUGCCUUGAUCCAGCCGGAGCCAGUGCUCCCUGGAUCUGUGGUGGCACCCCAUGGAACUCUGAUGGUCCAUGAUGCUGUGGUUUCCCGUGGACCUGCGGCAGCUCCCCAAGGCGCAGUGGUUUCCCGUGGACCUGUGGCAGUGCCCCAAGGAACAGUGGUUUCCUGUGGACCUGUGGUGGCGCCCCAAGGAACAGUGUUUUCUCGUGGACCUGUGGUGCCACCACAACGAAAAGUAAUUUCCUGUGGGCCCCAAGAAACAGUGGUUUCCCAUGGACUUGUGGUGGUGCCCCAAGGAACGGUAGUUUCCGGUGGACCUGUGGCAGCGCCCCAAGGAACAGUGGUUUCAUGUGGACCUGUGGCGGCACCCCAAGGAACAGUGAUUUCCUGUGGACCUGUGGUGGGGCCCCAAGGAAUAAUGGUUUCCUGUGGACCUGUGGUGGGGCCCCAAGGAACAGUUGUUUCUCAUGGAUCUGUGGUGGAGCCCCAAGGAACAGUGGUUUCCUGUGGACCUGUGGUGCCGCCCCAAGGAACAAUGGUUUCUUAUGGACCUGUGGUGCCACCACAACAAAACGUAAUUUCCUGUGGGCCUAAGGUGGUUCCCAGUGUGACCUUUGAUGAUGUGGCUGUGAUGUUCACUGAGGAUGAGUGGAUGCUGCUGGAUGAGGAACAGCAGCAACUGUACCAAGAUGUUAUGCUGGAGAAUUACUGGAACUUGCUCUUUGUGGUAGGGUCUAAAAUACCUAAGCCGGAUAUCAUCUGCCUGAUAGAGAAAGGGAAGAAACUGUGGGAUUUGGAUAAGCAGGCUUCCCAGGCACUGAAGCCUGAGCCAGGUAGGACUGCAGAGCCAAGCAGAGGUCAAAGAGAUCAUCACCUCCAUACUUUAAAAAAAAUAAUGACACAGCAGCCAGUUAGUGACACAGCAGAAAGAAUCAGCCGGGGCGUUUCAUGGAAGUACCAUGAAACACUUGAUCUUCUGGAUUUGUGGGGUGAGGAGAAAAUACAGGAACAGCUGCAGAGCAGCCACCGCAACAAAGAAACAUAUGAGCAACUAUCAUUACAGAUGGCUGCACGAGGCCACCAUCGCUCUGCAGUCGAGUGUCGAAAUAAAACAAAGGCACUGCGGAUGAUGUACAGAAGUACUCUUUCCCUCAAUUCCAAAUCUGGAAACAGCAGAGAAACAUGUCCAUUCUUUAAGCAGCUACACAGAAUACUUGGGGGAGAUGCAGGUGUUAAACCAAAGCGGGUUUCAAGAAGUCUAGACUUGGACCGAGAGCAGGCAGAAGUCCUGGAUACUGUAAGCACCACGCAUCCAGUUGCUUCUGAGGGGCUCCAGAUAAUAAUGGUUCCUGACUGUUUGGGUGAUCAUGAAACGGCUGGAAAUGCUGAGACAGACGUAGGUCAGAGUGAGCAGCACAAAGGUUUCGAGGGCCACAGCACUCUAGACGUUGCUCCAUUUUCACCUGCUGAUCAUAAUACAUUCCUCGAAGAGAAAGAACCAGAGCAGUGCGUGGCAGUCUCUGAGGAGCGACAUUCUUUGGAGCCACCAGAUGACGCUUUCAAUGUACAGCCUUCUGACACUGCUAUGACUCCUGUGGGCACAGCAAUGGCAAAUCCACGUGCUGCGCUCUCCCCAGCCACCCGCCUUGCAGAGAUGCGCUCCAAAAAGUCCAAAAAUCAACGCUUUGAGGCUACACUCCAGGGUUUCCUAGAGGAAGCAAGGUAUGAGUUCAGGACGCAACGUGAAAACUUAGAGGAAGAACGGCAACAGCGUUAUAGCGACAGCAUUAUCCUUGAGAAUAUGCUGAAGGUAAUGGAGAAGGACUCAAUGGAUAACCGGGAAGAAAAUAAAAAAUUCCUUGACUCCUUCGAGGUCACGAAUGGGCUACUGACCACUAUCGUAAGUACUCUUCAGGAUAUGUCACAGACAAUAAAAGAGCAGGCUAAUGCACAGAACUGUUGCUGCAAAAAGAAUCAGGUUGUUGGCUGUUGCAGCACGACUUCUGAAGGGCAGCAAAGUACUGCUGCUGAAAGUACUGCACUAUUAAGUACAAAAAGAAAAAAAUAACCCAGACACUAUAAGAGUACAAAGUUACAA